AUGACGAGCAUAGUACUGGGGCUGGCCCUCUUGCCAACUGUGCCCUUGGUACUGCUCUCCCUAGCCUUGCUCAGCCGUUCUCGUCGUCGCGUAAAGCCACGUUCAAUCGCGGUGGUCGUGCUCGGCGAUAUUGGCCGCAGUCCUCGGAUGCUCUACCACGCCCAAUCCUUGGUCGACCAUGGAUUCCACACCACCAUCGUCGCUUACAGAGGUACGCGCCACGCGCCAUUGUGCUCGCUUCGACUUCCAGGAAACACGUGACCGCGUAAAACGAAGCUGCAUGCAAGCAGCUCAUCCUCACACGCGUCUCUCAUCUAUACAGGGUCCAACCCGCCCAGAUCAUUGACCGACUCGGACCGGGUCGAAUUCUUGCAUCUGUCGACUCCACUCGCCUUCGUCAGCGCCUUGCCACGGCCGUUCUUCAUCGCGCUGAGCCCGUUCAAAGUCCUCGCCGGCGCGUGGGGCCUGUUCUCGGCACUCGUCUUCACGCUCGAUUAUACCCCCGAGUACAUACUCGUACAAGUACGUGAUCUUCGAAACAAAAGCCUUGAAAACCUUUGAUUCUGGUCUCAAUUUGACGUCCCCCCUUCUUGCUCCUCUGUCAGAACCCACCGUCUAUCCCAACGCUGCCCAUCGUCAAACUCGCUCUGCUCGUCUGUCCACAAUCCCGCCUCAUCAUCGAUUGGCACAACACCGGUUCCUCGAUCCUAGCACUCAGGCUCGGGGACCAGAGUCCGCUCGUCAAAUUGGCGAAAUGGUACGCCCAGGACUUAUCAUGAUUACCCGUCCUCUGCACGACCGGCCUGCACGCUGCUGAUGCGACUUUGGGGCCCCACAUUACCGACCGCAGGAUCGAGUCCUUCUGGGGCAGCAAGGCGUUUGCUCACCUUUGUGUCACCGAGGCGAUGCGAAAGAAGUUGAUCAGAGAGAUAUCACUGCAGUAAGUAUUACUUCAUCUAAAUAAAAGCAUCAUCGAGCAACGCGUUGACUUGCUGGAUCACUCUCUGAUUACAGGGGAAAAGUCGCCGUCUUUCACGAUCGACCACCGAGCCAUUUCCGCCGACAGACAAGGCAGGAAGCUAAUUCGGUACGCAGGAACUUGUUAUGGUUGUUCAAGAUACGGCCAGGACCCUGAAGCUCUCUACUACACACAGCUGUUCAAGCGCAUCCCCUUCCUCGCAUCACUCCAAGAUUUCUACCGCUCGCCUUCACCCACGGUGUUCACGAAGGACAACGAACUCAACCCUACCUUUUUACCGACCUCCCAACGACCCGCCCUCCUCGUUUCAUCGACCUCUUGGACCGCAGAUGAAGAUUUCUCCAUUCUACUCAGUGCCUUGCAAGUGUACGAGAAAGCCGCUCGGACUUAUGCCCAGGGUGAAGGUGGAUUACCUGAGGAUGCUUUGGCAUCUUUUGCGAAGAAUGGGACGGUAUUGCCGAAGCUAUUGGUGAUGAUCACGGGGAAAGGAGCAGGCAAGAAGGCGUUCGAGGGCGAAGUCGAGCGUUUGGAGAAAGGGUGGGACUUUGUGACGGUACGGACCAGUUGGUUGGCGUUGGAGGAUUACCCGAGGCUGUUAGGUAUGUCAACGUCUUCUGGGAUCACAGAGAGGACCUUUGUACUGAUCAUUGGGUUCGUGCUCAUACUCGCUCACGUGCGCAGGCUCAGCGGACCUAGGCAUCUCCCUCCACAUGUCUUCAUCCGUCGCCGAUCUUCCUAUGAAAAUCGUCGACAUGUUUGGUUGCGAUCUCCCCGUUUUAGCCUUGGGGUUCGAAUGUAUCGAUGAGCUGGUGAUGGACAGGAAGAACGGGAGGGUAUUCGACGAUGCUCUAGGGCUCGCAGAUCUGCUCGUGGUGAGUCGCUUUGCUUGACCCGAACUGAUGGAAGGGUAUUUGCUGAUGCAUGUAUUGUCUUCGAUUGUACAGGAGCUCUUCAAAGACCCGCAAAGGACAGAAAUAGAGCGAUAUUGCAAGGGGAUUAAAGAUGUGCGAUAUGGUGAUGAGGGGGAAGAGUGGUGUACGUGGCAAGAAAAUUGGGAUCGAGUUGUGGGGCCGCUCGUAGGGAGUGAGCGGGAUCGAUAG